UAACGGAGACCUGCUCGAUCAUGAUAGAAAUGUGCAAGUAAUGAAGCCAUGAAAGGAACUCAUGAGCCUCGUUCAAGCUCAUCCUGUGCAGCUUGCAAGUUGUUGAAGAGGAGAUGCGUCCCGACCUGCAUAUUUGCACCGCAUUUUCGCUCUGACGAGCCCUCGAAGUUUGCCAAAGUUCACAAAGUGUUUGGGGCAAGCAAUGUAAGCAAGAUCCUUAGUGAAGUGCCUGAGGAGCAGAGGGAGGACACCGUAAGUUCACUCGCGUAUGAGGCCGAGGCUCGGCUCAGAGACCCUGUUUAUGGUUGCAUUGGCGCCAUAGCUAUGCUGCAGGGAAAGAUGGUGGAGCUUCAACAUGAUCUCGCUAUUGCUAGAGCUCGUCUCGCUUGUUAUGGCCAUCCAAGUUCUUCAUCAGUUUCUUCUUCUUCUUCUGCGUCUUCUUAUACAAUGUUAGAGGAUCACCUUACUGAGGCUAACUUCGCUGGUCUUCCUGCUUUUAGUGGAUUUAACAAUGCCUUCAGUCAGAGCUCAACUGAAUUUAUGAGCCAACAUGGAACAAACAGUGGUUUUAGCUAUCCCCCAUAUAUACUAUAGUUCUGAUCUCUCUAUAUUC